AUAAAUAGCUUCCAUUUUGUAACACUGCCACCAUUUCGCGGCUGAUACCGGCAGAGGGACGAGCGGAAACAAAUCUUACAGGGACUUGAGAGCGAUCCACUUAGAAAAAUAAAAGUUUUAUAAACACAAGAAAACAAUAAACAAACUAGAAAUUUGAUAUUUUCUCUCCUCGGACACUCCCUGUGGGAACAAACUACUUAAAUUCGGAAGGGGCUCUCUCCAUAGGUGAAUCACCGUACUCACUCAAGCGUGAGACCCAUUUUUGUCAACGGCGGUAUAUAUAAACCAACCAUGGAUGAAAGCGAGGCACAGUUCUAUGACGAGGACGAGGACGAGGAGAUGCCGGCGACCGAGAGGGACCUAGCGGACGACGCUCAAUGGAAAAUAAUACAGAAGAAUACCUUCUCCAGGUGGGCAAACGAACACCUGAAAACCGUCAACAAGCUCUUAAAUGAUCUUGAACAUGAUUUAUCCGAUGGAUUACGUCUUAUUGCAUUAAUUGAAGUGCUUUCAGGCAAGAGCUUUAAAAAAAUCAACAAGAGGCCCAACUUCAGAACCCAGAAACUCGAAAAUGUUACUAUGGUUUUGAAGUUCCUGGAGGAGGAUGAAGGCAUCCGUAUUGUUAAUAUUGACAGUACAGAUAUCGUGGAUAGCAAGCUGAAGCUGAUCCUGGGUUUAAUAUGGACCCUCAUUCUCCAUUACUCCAUCUCCAUGCCCAUGUGGGAAGGCGAGGAGCCAGGACCAUCGGAGGGCGGACCCACACCCAAACAGAGGCUCCUCAACUGGGUACAGGGCAAAGUACCUGAUCUACCAAUUCGGAACUUCACCACCGACUGGAAUGAUGGAAAGGCCAUCGGAGCUUUGGUUGAUGCUGUUGGACCCGGUCUCUGCCCUGACUGGGGAGACUGGGAUCCCAAGAAGAAGAAGGACAAUGCUAAAGAAGCUAUGGAUGCUGCUGAUAAAUGGUUGGGUGUCCCUCAGCUGCUUGAGCCGAAAGAUAUGACCAACCCCAAGGUUGACGAACUGUCAAUGAUGACAUACCUGUCACAGUUCCCAAAAGCCCAGCUCAAGCCUGGUGCACCAUUGAGGCCCCGCCUCAAUCCAAACAGGGUUCGUGCAUAUGGCCCUGGACUCGAGCCAACUGGUAACCAAGUUGGAGCCCCAGCACGCUUCACUGUAGAAACAUUCAGUGCUGGCAAAGGAACUCUGGAAGUCACCUUGCUCAACCCUAAGGGCCAGAAAGAACUAUGUGAGUGUGUUUUCAACAGCGACAGAAACCUGACCUACUCAUGUGUCUACACGCCAAAGACGGAGGGAGAAUACAGAGUCAUCAUCAUGUUCGGCAAUAAGGAGAUCCCGAAGAGCCCAUUCCAUGUGAAGGUAGAGGGCGCGGCUGGCGAUGCAUCAAAGGUAACCGCCUCCGGACCUGGAAUCCAGAAAACUGGAGUGGUUGCUGGAAAGAGGACACAUUUCGAAGUUUUCACCAAGAAUGCAGGGGGCUCCAAAUUAGUAGGAAAAGAUGCCGGAAAAGGUAACGUUGAUGUGGUCAUCCUGGACAGCCAUGGCCGCAAGGACACUGUCAGAGCCAGUAUCACAGCCGUAGUUGGAAAGGAGGCGACCUAUCUGGUGGAAUAUGUGCCACUCGAGCCUGGACAGCACUCUGUCAACAUCUACUUCGCCGGACACCAGAUACCACACAGCCCGUAUGGUGUUGGUGUUGCUCCAGCGGGGACCAAAAUAGUUCCCAGUACAGCAGCUCCUGUUGGCAAAGCUCCUGUUGGAAAGGGGCCGGCCGGUAAACAGCCUCCUGGUAAACAACAGCCAGCUCCUGCAUCUAAUGCCAAGAUGUGUUAUGCCACUGGACGAGGUGUCCAGCCCACCGGAGUCCGAAUCAAGGACCAAGCAACGUUCAAAGUUCACACCAAGGGUGCCGGAACAGCGGAACUUAAAAUACAGAUUAUACAACCAGGAGGUGCUGAGUUGAAGUGUACAUCAGUCAAGUCCAAGACGGAGGAAGGCGUCUGGGAGUGUGUAUACGUACCAACCAUCAAGGGCCAGUACAUUAUCAACAUCACCUAUGGUGAACAACACAUCACCAAGAGCCCGUUCAAGAUCGAAGUUGGGCCCACAAAGGUGUCCAAGAUCAGGGCCUACGGACCGGGUCUGGAGGGAGGUGUUGUCAACCAGCCAGCCGUUUUUACUGUAGAGACCAACGGCGAAACAGGAGCUCUUGGAUUCUCCAUCGAGGGUCCAUCACAGUGCAAGAUAGAUUGUAAGGACCAUAACGAUGGUUCCGCUGAUGUAACUUACUACCCCAAGGCAGAGGGUGAAUACGCUGUACAUGUUCUCUGUAAUAAAGAGGAUAUCCCACAAUCCCCCUUCAUGGUACCGAUCAAACCUGCCACCAAGGAGUUCGAUGCCACAAAGGUCAUUGCCAAGGGCCCUGGUCUGGAAAAGACUGGUGUGAAAGUAAGCACAUGGGCUGAGUUCACUGUGGAUGCAAAGAAGGCAGGCAAAGCAGCGCUCAAGAUCUCCUGUCUGGAUGUUGACCUUAAACCUGUCGAUGUCCAGGUCAAGGACAACAAGGACGGAACUUACUCAUGUAAAUACAUGACCAAGCGUGCCGUUAAACACACCAUCACCAUCACCUGGGGCGGAGUACAGAUCCCCAACAGUCCAUUCAGGGUGAUGGUCGGAGAGCAGUCCAAACCAGGAAACGUGAAGGUGUACGGUCCUGGCGUAGAAAAAGGAGUUAAGACUGGAGUAAAGACUCAUUUCGUCGUUGAUUGUAAAACUGCUGGUCCAGGCGAUAUCAGCAUUGCUUUGACUGAUGAACGUGGAAAAGACGUCCCUGUGAAAACCGUAGACAACAAAGACGGCACAUUCAGGAUCGAAUACGAACCAAAAACACCUGGAACUUACGUUGUACAAGUGUACUUUGCAAACAACGAGAUCCCGAAAAGUCCCAUUAAAGUCAAUGUUGAGUCCAGUAUUGACCUCAGCAAGGUCAAGGUCGUAGGCUUGGAUACACGUGUAUUUUUGGAAUCUCUUUCGGAGUUCACCGUGGAUGCCAAGUCUGUCACACCUGUUGGCGAAGGUAACAUCCGCGCUAUCAUCACAAGUCCGAGUGGAACCAAGCACGACAGCAUUGUCACAAACAACAAGGACGGAACCUACAAUGUUCUCUAUACCCCAGAGGAGCAAGGUCCCACAACCAUCGAUGUCACAUAUGACAACAUGGCGAUCCCCAAGAGUCCAUUCAAGGUGAACACUGUUCCCGGAAAUGAUUCCAGCCGCGUAAAGGCCUACGGACCUGGCCUGGAGGGUGGAUUCUCCUGUGAUACCCAGCAGUUCACCGUCGAUGUUAAGAAUGCAGGCCAGGGUGGUAUUGGCCUCGCCAUCAACGGACCCGUAGAGGCACAGAUCAAUUGUAAUGACAACCGUGACGGAACUCUCACUGUUGAUUAUCUUCCAACGAAACCUGGCGACUACGACGUAAACAUCAGCUUUGCUGACCAACCUAUCCCAGGCUCGCCGUUCAAUGUUGCGAUCAAAAACCCAGUGAAUCCCGCUAAGGUUCAGUGCUAUGGUCCGGGACUGGACAGCAAGGGUGUCCGCGAAGGAUCUCCAGCUACCUUCACCGUGGACACAACUGAGGCCGGAGAGGCUCCCCUGGAAGUUACUUACACUGACACCCAAGGAAACAAACGCCCAGCAGAACUGCAGCCAAUCAGUGAGGGCAAGGUCAACGCCACCUAUUAUCCCAAGGAGGAGGGCAAGUGUAAAGUCGAGGUGAAGUACGCUGACCAACAAGUACCUGGCAGUCCUUUUGCUAUGCAAGUGCAGCCCACCUGUGAUGCUAGCCGAGUGCUGGUUACUGGAUCAGGGGUAGGACCAAACGUCUACGCCAGCAAGCCAGUCACCUUUACCAUUGACACCAGCAACGCUGGUGUGGCCGAUCUGGAGGUCAUUAUAAUGAGACCAGAUGGAUCUUUCAUCACCCCCGUCAUACAGGACAAUGGUGACGGAACUGUCACAGUCUCGUACAUCCCUGACGACCUUGGAACGUACAAGAUCAAUGUCAAGUUUGGCGGCAAGAACGUCCCCAACUCUCCAUUCAAGGUUAAAGCUCAGCCUACUGGUGAUGCCAGCAAAUGUAGAAUCACUGAGGGACUUGACAACAAGUUUGUUCCCAUCAACAAGGAGACAGUCAUCACUGUGGACGCCUCUCAGGCUGGAGAUGGUAAGGUCACCUGCCGUAUCCGCAGUCCAAGUGGCAACGAUAUUGACAUUGAUAUUGUGGAGAACCCUGAUGGAACCUUCAGCCUCCUUUUCACUCCUCAACUUGCCGGCGCCUACACAAUCAACAUCAAGUUUGGUGGCCAGACAGUACCAGGCGGUGAUUACGACAUCCAGGUCACGACCAAUUCGUGUGAUUGGCGGAAUAUGGCUGUAGAACCACAGGACUAUGAAGAAUAUCUCCAACAGCAGCAGGUUGGUGCGGUAGAAGAACAGCUACUGAGUGCGGACACCGUAGAUAACGUUCAGGCAUCAGUUCCUGUCCAGGGUCUCUUCCAGCCCGUUGAUUUCCGUAUCCCUAUAGGACCGAUCUUCAAUUUUGUAUCAGCCUAUGUUAUAAUGCCAUCCGGAGAAAAGGCCUACCCAAAGAUCGAGGACAACAAGGAUGGCACUGUCACAGUUAAAUACCAGCCCACCGACACUGGACUCCAUGAGCUCCAUCUCAACUACAACAGUGUACCCAUUGAAGGAAGUCCGUUCCAGUUCCAUGUAGAUGCAGUAAACAGUGGCCAUGUGACCGCCUACGGUCCAGGCCUGUGUCAUGGCGUUGUCAACGAACCUGCAGAAUUCACCAUAGUAACAAAGGAUGCUGGAGCAGGUGGUCUGUCCCUGGCCAUCGAAGGUCCAUCAAAGACCGAGAUUAAAUGCCUGGAUAACGGAAAUGGCACUUGCACAGUAUCCUACAUACCCACAGCUCCCGGAGAGUAUAACAUCACCUGUAAAUUCGCAGAUCAACAUAUUUCUGGUUCGCCUUUCACCGCCAAAAUCACUCCUUCCACUGAGGUGAGGAAGAGAGCCCAGAUUGGUCGUAGUACAGAAGUAUCUCUCAAAGUCACAGAAUCUGACAUCGGCAGUCUGAUGGCAACCAUCAGAACGCCGUCUGGCAGUGAAGAACCUUGCCUGCUCAAACGAUUAGCCAAUGGCCAUUUAGGAAUCUCUUUUACUCCACAUGAAGUCGGAGAGCAUUUAGUCAAUGUAUUUAGAAAUGGAACACACAUCACAGGCAGUCCCUUCAAAAUCUUCGUGGGUGAGAGCGAGCUCGGAAACGCCAGUAAGGUCCGUUGCAGUGGACCUGGCCUACAGACUGGAAUGGCCAAUGAAAUCAACGAAUUCACUUUGGAUACUACGGAUGCAGGUUACGGUGGACUGAGUCUGUCGAUUGAAGGCCCUAGCAAGGCUGAUAUUGAAUGCCUGGACAAUGAAGACGGAACUUGCCGUGUGACCUACAAACCGACAGAGCCAGGAAACUAUGUCAUUAACAUCAAAUUUGCUGAUGAACAAGUACCAGGAAGUCCAUACACAGUGAAGAUCGGUGGAGAAUCCUCGUCUAGAAUUACAGAAAGGAUCACGCGCCACAGAGAGGCUGCGGACAUCACUCAUAUCGGUAGUCAGUGUGAACUCAGCCUUAAAAUACCAGUCCAAUACUUAGCCAAAAUUGGUGCCUUUAGGAUAUUAGAAACACAUGUUUCAAAAGGAACAAGUCCUUUUGAUAUGACCGCGUCGGUAACCAGUCCGACUGGUGUUACAGAACUUUGUGACAUCAUCAGCCUAGAUGACAGCCACUAUAGUAUCAAAUUUGUUCCUAAGGAGAUGGGAGUCCACACUGUUUGUGUGAAACACAAGGAUAUGCAUAUUCCAGGUAGUCCAUUCGAGUUUACAGUAGGUCCCAUUGCCGGAGGAGGCUCACACAAGGUCCAUGCAGCAGGACCCGGUCUGGAGAAGGGAGAAAUCAACCAGCCAUGUGAGUUUAAUAUCUACACACGUGAGGCUGGAGCCGGAGGUUUGUCGAUCGCCGUGGAAGGACCUUCUAAGUCUGAACUUGACUUUGACGACCGUAAGGACGGAUCAUGUGGCGUCAGUUACACUGUGACAGAACCCGGAGAGUACAUGGUGUCUAUCAAAUUCAACGACGAACACAUACCCCAGUCACCAUACAGGGUCUACGUCACUCCCAGCAUAGGCGACGCUCGCAAACUCUCCGUGUCAGCUCUCCAGUCAAAGGGCGCUGGAAUCGGAAAGCCAUGCUCAUUUGUAAUUCACUUCAAUGGUGCCCAGCCAGGCAAGGUCAAGGCAAUGGUUCUGACUCCCUCUGGUGCUGAGGAGGAAGGAUUUAUCCAGGAAAUUGAUGAGGGCGAGUAUGCAGUUAGGUUUAUCCCCAGAGAAAAUGGUCCCCACAUGGUGUUUGUCAGCUACGACGGAUGCCAGAUCCCAGAAAGUCCAUUCCGUAUCAUGAUCGGAAAGGUCGAUGCUGAUCCAGGCAUGGUCAAUGUGUCGGGAGACGGACUCAGGCAUGGAACAACCGGUGAGCCAGCCAAAUUCUUCGUGAACACAUGUAAUGCUGGAAGCGGAGCUUUGGCCGUGACAGUUGAAGGACCUUCCAAGGUCAAACUGGAAUGUAAGGAAACAGAAGAAGGCUAUGAGUUCACAUACAAGCCCACCUCUCCCGGAGAUUAUCUCAUCUCCAUCCGAUACGCUGGCUCCUACGUCGCUGGAAGUCCAUUCAAGGCCAACAUCACAGGACAAGGAAAGGCGUCUGCAAUGCAGGAGUUGUCAACAUGCCUCGUGGAGACCGUCACCAAGACUAGCGUUAUGAGUAGAUUCACAAACCUACCCAAGUUCCAGUCAGAGGCUGCCAAUGUUACAUGUGAGGGUAAUGGAAUGAAGAAGGCUUUCCGCGGCAAACAGUCAACUUUCACUGUCGACACAACCAUGGCUGGUAACAACAUUUUGUACGUGGGCAUGUGUGGACCUAAGGGGCCUUGCGAGGAACUGUGUGUAAAACAUCAGGGAGGCGGAAUCUACAAAAUCAACUACAUCGUCAAGGAGAUGGGAGAAUAUAUGUUAGCUGUCAAGUGGGGACAGGACCACAUCCCCGGCAGUCCUUUCUGUGUCAAGGUCAAUUAGUGACAAGGUCAUCUAGAAGGACAUCGUUAAAAUUAAUUUUUGCUUAUGACAUUGAAAAUAUCUGUCAAAGUAUAAAGACAUUUGCUUAUAACAUUACAAAAAAAAAAUGUUAAUUUGCUUUGGAAAAAAAUGAAGUCAUAAAUUGUAUGUAUGGUAAAUACAAAAGUGCUGAUAUGAUGAGCAGACAGCAUUUUUAUCGAGAAAUGUUGGAAUGGAUUUGCAGUGGUAUGUGUGAAAAUGAUAUUGAUGCUUUAUCAUUGCUGAAAGACCUGCGUAAAAAAAACCAUGGAAUUUUUUUUUGUAUUUAAAUUCCUUGUAGAUGUAUAUCUAUCUCCAGCCUCUAAAUGUGAUGUUUUGACUCGCAUACAUUAAACUGUUGUAGAAUUUUGAAGUGCAAUAAUAUAUGCUUUCUGCGAUGUAUGGACUUAACAUCUGAUCGUAAAAAGAAAAAACGUUUUUCUAAAUACAGAAUUCUUACUGAGAAAUAAGAUUUGAAUAUAUAUGAAUUAUCGGUGUGGAGAAAAGGUUUAUAAAUGUGGAUGUUAACAUUUUCGUCAUCAGAGACAAUUUGAACCUGUUCCUCCCCAUGGGGACCACAUGAACUGGUCCAGGUUACAAUAAGGAAUAGUCCACUUUAGGAGUGAAGGGAGAACAGGUUAAUUUUUGAUGUUCAAAUCAGGCCUUCUUGAACAAAUAACAGAGGCUGACAUUCGGUGUCAUAGGACAUUGUUAAACCAUGUCGUGCAGCGUCGUACUGAGGGGUCAGUACUUUGGAGAACCAUUAAGGUGCGGCACACCUCUUGCCAUAGGACAAUUUCUUUGUAUAAUCGCAUCAUUAGUUGAUAUUUGUUGUUUAUGCUAGAAGUAACCAAUUUAAGUAAAUGUAGACUGUUUUUUAAAAGAUUUUUUUAUUGUAAAGUAUAAAAUUAUGUUCUUUUUGUCUUUUACAUUUACAAAUGGUGCUUUGUUUAUUUUGUGAAGAAUUCUGACUUUCUUCCUUUCAUGAGAAAUUAGAGUGUUAAAUAUAUUACAAAUUAGUUGAAUGAUCAGUCAGAAAUGUCCAAAAAGAAAUAUGAUCAGAAAAUUCUGCACACUGGCUGAUCAGUGUCAUGAGAACAUUUGUAAAUUAGAAACUCGAACACGUUUUGCACAUCUCCUGUAGUUUUGAAGGGUACACAUCUCUAUACAUAAAUAUAAUGUCCAUUUCAGACAUUUUUUUUAUUUUUAUUUGUAACAUAUUCUUGUUUUUGAGAGCUAAUACUGAUGUAUAGCUAUCCUAACUUUAAUCUCGUGUUUGCUGAGCUAUGUUAUAGACCUUCACAGAAGGAUUAUAUUAUUAUUAAUAAAUUAUAUUAUUUACGAAAGAUUGAUGAACUACGAAAUAAAGAUUUGACUUGGCUUAUUGAAGUGGACUUUUUUGCUUAAUAUAUAUAUAUUACAACUAUGCACAAACUGUUUUCGUUAGAAAUAAACAUGACUUGUCUACAAUUUGCCAGUAACUUGUGUACAUGGUUUUAUGUAUUUAUAUGUAUAAAAAAUCUCAUUUUAUAUUUAGAUAUUUAACAGAUAUUUUUUUUAAGUUAAUGUAAUCAAAAGAGGAAUGUUACAAAGUUUUGAACCCAAAUUGGCCCCAAGUUACAUAUAUGAAUUAUUCACUGAUGAAUAAUUAAUUGACUUUAUUCAUUACACCCCUGUAAGUGUAAUUUAAGAACCAUCCAAUAUUGAAUGGUUUAUACCAUUAUGAAUAUUUAGGGGUGUAAAGGUAUCAAUCCUGUGUAUUUGAGUACCUAUUUUGCCUAUUCCUGUCCUUAUUGCCCCACCCCUACCUCUAUUCUGAGAGUAAAUGAUAUAAAUAAUAAUUAGAUAUAUACAUUUAUGCCUAAUUUCAGGCCUUAAUAUAUACAAACGAGAGGAAUAUCUUUCAUACUUUAUAUCAUUUAGUAACUAAUUGACCUAAAAGUCAUGAAUUUUGAUGCUGUAACAUAAAACUAUUUUCUCAUUAAUAUAUACAAUGUAUCAUAAAAUUUCAAAGCUUAGCCCUGAUAAUAUGGAAUACUGCUUUGCUCACAGGCACUGGAGUACCGAGUGACCCCAUGCAUAUCUUGACCUUUGACCUCUACAUGGUUGUUCUGGCAUUGUGUAUAUGUAUGCUAAUUUCUACAAUAAAAAUGAUAAAAACCUGCUA